CACUUUAGCCGAUAAAGUUUAGAGUUACUGAAGUCGAUUUAACAAGUGUUCAGUAGGGAAAGUAGUGAAGCAGGAGAGCGGCCAUUUUAUGUUAGUAUGACGUAGAGGCUGGGUGUAGCUUCGCGUUCAACCGUCCGUGUUCUUUGGAAAAGGCGAGAAAAUCUGAAUUCUGAUGCUGGGGUCGAGGUAAAUGCACCUACCACGCACUGAACGUGUGAACCGUAAAUUAAGCCCAAGGAACGUAAGGAAAUUAGUUAAAUAAGGAAGUACAGGGGUCCUGAAAGAGCGAGCAUGAGCGAAGAAAGCAAUCCGCGAACGCUCUAUGUGGGAAAUCUAGACGCUUCGGUGUCGGAGGAACUCUUGUGCGCACUUUUUUCGCAAAUAGGUGCCGUUAAAGGAUGCAAGAUUAUUCGAGAACCAGGAAACGAUCCAUAUGCUUUCGUCGAAUUUACGAAUCAUCGAUGCGCGUCUACAGCGCUAGCCGCCAUGAACAAGCGAUCCUUCCUGAAUAAGGAAAUGAAGGUUAACUGGGCAACGAGCCCUGGAAAUCAGCCGAAGUUGGAUACGAGUAAUCAUCAUCACAUAUUUGUUGGUGAUCUUUCACCAGAGAUUGAAACACAAACCUUAAAAGAAGCAUUCGCGCCUUUUGGUGAAAUUAGCAAUUGUAGAAUUGUCCGUGAUCCACAAACCAUGAAAAGUAAAGGAUAUGCUUUUGUAUCAUUUGUCAAAAAGUCUGAGGCUGAAGCAGCGAUAGCAGCUAUGAAUGGUCAGUGGCUUGGAUCUAGAAGCAUCAGGACAAAUUGGUCAACUAGGAAACCACCACCACCAAGAUCUGAGAGGCCACGACAUUCGAAUAAUAGUAAACCUAACUAUGAAGAGGUAUAUAACCAAAGUAGUCCAACUAAUUGCACAGUAUAUUGCGGAGGUUUUACAAAUGGCAUUACAGACGAACUGAUAACCAAAACAUUUUCUCCAUUUGGUACCAUACAAGACAUAAGAGUAUUUAAGGAUAAAGGAUACGCUUUCAUAAAGUUUACUACUAAAGAAGCAGCGACGCAUGCCAUAGAAUCAACACAUAACACAGAAAUUAAUGGUAGCAUUGUUAAAUGUUUCUGGGGAAAGGAAAAUGGAGAUCCUAAUAGUGUGGGUCCUAAUGCAAAUCACCAAGCUCAACAGGUUACAGCUGGAGCUGGACAAUAUGCAUAUGGAUAUGGCCAGCAAAUGGGUUACUGGUAUCCACAAGGGUAUCCACAAAUGCAGGGUCAGUUUUUGCAGCCUGCUCAGUACUAUGGCCAAUAUUAUGGACAACAGGCUCAAUAUAUGAAUAGUAUGCGAAUGCCUGCUCCUGGUGCAGGUACAUGGCAACCUGCACAAGCAACCGCUGCACCACCAGCUGCAACUGCACCAUUGCCACCAGGUCAGCAACCUGCUAUGGUAACAUACACCAUGCCACAAUACCCCACGCAAUGAAAUUGAUCAUUGACCGGCAUCAACUAAUUGUUACAUAUGAUACAUUUGCCCCUGGGGCGUUCGCAAAAACUG